GUUGUACAGCGUUGCAUUUCUCUAAAAGUUGAUUCUGGUUCAACUUUCUUGCUGCGGCCCCUGCAGGCAUCCAAAAUUGUUUAGCCUAUAAUAAUCACUCGCUAAUAGUGAUCAAUUUUCUUGUAUGCACUUUGCAGCUAAAUGUAGCAGGCAGCUAUUGUUUGUGUGAUUUUGUGAAUUGAAGGAGGAAUUUAAGUUAUUUGAGGUUUUACACUUAGCAGUUUAUCUUUGCAAUCAUUUUUAUUUUUAUAUUAAGUAUUCAUUUGACCCUUUGUCUCAGGGCUGCUUUGGUUUCCUUUUGACUAAGUGGACUGAAGGAACAUAAAUCUUACUCAGGUUGACAUUGAGUAGCAAAUGUUUACAUUUGAUUCAGUGUGAUCUUUUUUAUUUGAGACAUAUAAAAGUGUCUUCUGCAGUCAAAUGGAAAGAGUAACCUUAAAACAUCAAUCUAGAAUCAAAUCUGAAUGACUGAAUGUAUUGAAUUGAGAGCUGAUCUUGAAUCCAAAUCGUUUUGAAUCGCGAAUCGAUUGUGAAUCGAAUCAUGAGAUUUCCUGAAUCGUGCACCCCUAUAAUCAGCUGUUAAAUACUGAUUCUCUUUUAGAUAGUAAAUGGAAUUAGAAAUAGCAGUAAGUUAUACUACUGUAUUUUUUAAAAAUAAUUUUAAAAGGUGAUUUUACUUAAAUCAUUUAAAAGUUGUCAUAUUAAGUUUAUUUGUCUACUGUGUUUUGUUCAAACUGUUUCUCGUCUUAAAAAGCAAAUUUGUAAGAUUAUUCUAUAAUCUUGUAUUUGGGCCAAUAAGGUAAAUUAGUUGUAUUCUGUACUUAUUUUAGAUACUGUAUUUACUGAUAUCUGAAUGACAUCAUUUUUUCUUUUUUGUGAGAGUUAACUUCAGCUAUCAAGAGAUGAACGUGUCAGCUGCCAAUGUGACAGUGGUUUUACAGUAUCGAGACUCCUUCACUAAAGCUGUGACCAAAAAUGUGAUUGUUGUGGUUCUCGGGAUCUCCAUCAACUACGUCAAUGCCAGCCUCAUUCACACCUUCCGCAAACACCAGGUCUGAUAAUACUUAAAUGACACAGUACCACUAAUAAUCAAUUUACAGAAGAUGUCUGGUAACUUUUCAAGUCAAGUCAGGUCAAUUCUAUUUCAGCGCCAAUCAGGUCUAGAUUGAACUAUUUAAUUUAUAGAGACCCAACAUUCGCCAAGUUCUUGCUCAUUUGCAUACUCUGGUUCCAACCUCCAGAUAUUCUACAUGAAUCCCCGGUAUAUCCUUUUUAUUCACCUGGUGAUCAACGACAUGAUCCAAUUGAUGCUGACCGUCAUCCUGUUUGUCAUCAGCUACACCCUCUACAAAAUAAAUGUCUCCGUCUGUUGCGUCUUCAUCCUGCUUGCUCUUUUCACCACUGAAAACACUCCUCUGAACCUGGCCUGCAUGGCAGUGGAGUGCUACAUCGCAAUCUGCCUCCCCCUUCACCACAUACAAAUCUGUACCGUCAAGAGAACAUUAAUGCUGAUUGGUUUAAUCUGGACAACAAGCAUGUUGUCUGUUCUUCCUGAUCUCUUCAUCACCUUAGCAACAGAGCCGCUGGACUUCUUUCAUUCCCGAGUCUUCUGCCUCAGACAAACUGCCUUCCCACAUCCUCUCAUUGUUAAGAAGAGGGACAUCACAUAUUCAGUGUUUUUAGUUAUAGUCUGGAUCACCAUCUUUUACACUUACUUCAAGAUCCUGUUCACUGCAAAGACAGCUAGCAAAGAUGCAAAGAAAGCCAGGAACACUAUCCUCCUCCAUGGGUUUCAGCUGCUGCUGUGUAUGACAACAUAUGUAGCCCCCCAGUUAUUAACUGUUGUGCAGCAAUGGUUCCCUAAGAAUUAUGCAGACUCCCUCUUCGCUUACUAUAUUAUUGUGCAGGUCCUGCCGAGAUCCAUUAGUCCAAUCAUCUAUGGCAUACGAGACAAUAUGUUCAGGAAGUACCUGAAAAGGUAUCUGUUGUGUAAACUCAGCAUACCAUAAGCAACCAUUCAUAAACUAUAAAUUAGUCAUUCCAAAAAGGAAAAAUAAAGUCAUCUACAGGCUUUCCCAAACACACUCUUCAGUCCGCACAAGUUACUGCGCUCAUUUGGCUACAACAAGUACAGCCAGACACACAGCUGUUAUGAACAUAAACAUAUAUGUGCCAUACAUGUACGUGUACAUUUAGAGGCUGCAAGUCAAGUUAUUCAGUCUCUACAAGAUAGUGCAUGAAGAUCUCACUUAUGAAAUGAAGGUUUGCUGCCGCACUGAUGAGUAAUAGAAUCAGCUCAACACAUUGCAUUAUACAUUAACAUUAUAGUCACCUUGCCUGGUAUAUUUCUAUAACUUUAUUUCAACUGAUGUUACAAACAUUCUUGUGCUGUGUUGGAACUAAACUUUCAUUUGAUUAAAAUUACCUUUAAAGUAUCUUUGGUAUUCAUGAGUGAGUUGAAUAAACUGAUUCUUUUGUGUCUGCUUGUGGCACAGCCAUAACUGAUAAUUAAUGUAUGAAAUUGGUAUUUUCUUGUUUAAUAUUUACAGAACUUGAAAUGCCAUAAAGUGGUGCUUGUAUAUUGAGGUUUAUAUUUUUAAGUUUAGUUUUUCUGUUUGUUUGUUUGUUUUGUUGUUGUUGUUGUUGUUGUUUUGUUUUUGUUGUUUUGUUGUUUGUAAAUUAAGCUUUUCAAGUAUUUUCAAUUAAAAUUAGCUGCUGGCCUCUUAACCUCCCCUACAGUGCUGUGCAUUAUGGCAUUUUUCUGGUGUAUAAAAUAUGAUUCAUUGUUCAACAAUAUUCACUAUACAAGAUGUAAAACAUAUGAACUUCAAAUCUGGUCAAAAUAUGGAAGAAGUGUAGUUUUUUAACUACUGUCAAGUGUGAGGCUUUGCUGCUUUUAUCUGUUCGUAAUAUAUGUAAAAUAUCUUAAUUUUUUUUUUUACUCUGAUUGAUAUGCUGCUUCACUCAUAUGUGAAACUCUUAAGAAUUAUAAGAGAUAACUGGCUGUCUCAGUGUCACACCUGGUAGCCAAAUGGUUACUGCGCAUGACACAUAACUGCAUCCCUGGUUUGAUUCCAGUUACAGGCUUUUGUUG